AUGUUCAAAAUUAUUUGGUUGAUGCUAUUCGCUGAUAUGAUAAUACACUCAAAGGCUCGAACACUGAAUUCGUUGUUGGAUCUUUCUAGCAGGAUACGCGUUAAACGACAAUUUAGCAGUGGUGGAUUUGGCCAGAGUUUUAGUGGAUUCUCGAUUGGCCCAUUCUUUAGUUGGUACCAAGGAGGAAGCUUUGCAAGAAGACGUGGCUUUCUAGGUGGAGGCCCAUGGGGUCGACGACGAUUUUGGCCAAGACGUUUCGGUGGUUGGUAG